GGAUGAAAAAGAAGCAGCUGGAUGGGUGGAGAUGAUUUAAUAUGCCCUUCUCCAUUUGACACCUGUUCAUCCCUGUCACUGACUUUACAUUGUCUUUUUCUAAUUUUUUUUUUCUCUUUUCAUUUUCCUUUGCAAUGUUAAUUUUUAUUUUCUGCUCCACUCCCUUUCUAAACGCCCAGAUAUGAUUAAAUAUAUGAUUAUUAAAUAUAGUAAUGAAAGAAAAGAAUCAAGAAAGUCUUCAGUGAUCACACUAGAGGUGUUAAUUUUUAAAUGGUAAGCAAACCCCUCAAUAUCUUGUUUCUAGAUUCUCUUUAAUGAUCUUUCCAUGGCUUUCAGAAUUUAGAAAGAAAGGCAAUUUUUUGUUCUGAAGGACAUGAAGAUAGAAAGGAGAGGGAAAAGGAAUGCUUUCUUACAGUUGACAAAAGUAUCAGUUGAUGGAAGUAGUUAGAGAAGAGUCUGGAGAAGAAGAAGCUGAUAAAGCCAAGCAUGGAAAAUCUUCUUCUAAAUCCUGCUCUUCACAUUCCAAAAUCGUUCUUGAUGAGAGGAGUUGAUCAUUUAGUUGAACAAUGACCGGUUGUAUGAUUUUAGACGAGUCAGAGGGUAACCUUUUGUACUUCUCAGAUAAGGAUUUUGAUGGAGGAGAUGUCUCCGACGGUUGCAGUGCCCAUUAGAGUAGGUAAUUCAGUCUGUGAAAACCCAAACAUAGAUACCCAUUUGGAUAUCGCCAGACUUAAGUUGAUGGCAGACAAGGCUGGCUUUUUAUCGGACUCUGUGACUAAGGUUUCUGCUGUUGGCAACAAUGGUUGUAAUUGUGGUGAUUUGGAUAAUGAAGUUAGUGAUACAGCUGUUGCAGUUCCAGAAGAGGACAAGGGGGGAGGAGCUUCUUUCUUGGAUAUGAUCUUCGAAAAUAAAAGCAACUGGGUGGUUAGCGAUGAUGUGAUAAACCAGCAAAAUGAAGAAGAUGAUUCCUUUUCCUUGGAGGGUGAUCCUAUUCUUGAUAGUUCUUGUUCUCUUUCAGUGGCUAGUGAGACUAGCAGCUUAUGUGGAGAGGAUUUCAUUGGUUUUGAAGCCAUCUCUGAGAUAGGAACGCCAUGUUCUGUGGAUACUGGGAAGAGCAUUUGCAGUGUUGAUAUUAUUGCUAAUGCCACCGAUUUGGAGUCAAAUGUUGACACAGAGGUUGUGAGAGAUUCUGUUUCUGUUGAAGUGAGCCUUGAGGAAGAGAUUGGAGAUGGAUCUGAUCCAAAGCCAUCUGCAGUUGUGCUAAAGUUGGCUUUGGGCAAAGGAGUGAGCGGAACAGUCACACGCAGUGUUUUUGAGGUGGAUUAUGUGCCCCUUUGGGGAGUUACAUCUAUAUGUGGAAGGAGACCUGAGAUGGAAGAUGCAGUUGCAAUCGUGCCUCAUUUUCUAAAAAUUCCUAUUCAAAUGCUAAUUGGUGACCGGGUGCUUGAUGGUAUGAGCAAGUAUAUAACUCACCAGACUGCUCAUUUCUUUGGAGUUUAUGAUGGUCAUGGAGGCUCACAGGUUGCAAAUUAUUGUCGCGAUCAUAUCCAUUCUGCUUUGGCUGAGGAGGGAGAAUUCAUUAAGAAUGGCCUGAGUGAUGGAAGUAUAAAAGAUAGUUGCCAAGAGCAGUGGAAAAAAAUAUUCACCAAUUGUUUUCUUAAGGUAGAUGCUGAAGUUGGAGGAAAAGGCAGCGCUGAACCCGUUGCCCCUGAAACUGUUGGUUCAACUGCUGUUGUUGCCAUUAUUUGUUCAUCCCACAUUAUAGUGGCGAACUGUGGAGACUCACGAGCAGUUCUAUAUCGUGGGAAAGAACCUAUGGCUUUAUCAGUGGAUCAUAAACCAAAUCGGGAAGAUGAAUAUGCAAGGAUAGAAGCAGCUGGAGGCAAAGUUAUACAAUGGAAUGGGCAUCGUGUCUUUGGCGUUCUUGCAAUGUCGAGGUCAAUCGGUGAUAGAUAUUUGAAACCAUGUAUUAUUCCAGAACCAGAAGUUAUGUUUGUUCCUCGGGCAAAAGACGAUGAAUGCCUGAUUCUGGCUAGUGAUGGUCUAUGGGAUGUCAUGUCAAAUGAAGAGGCGUGCGAUCUAGCUCGGAGACGAAUUCUUGUCUGGCAUAAAAGGAAUGGUGCUGCAGUUCCCUCCUCAAGGGGUGAGGGAAUUGAUCCUGCAGCUCAGGCAGCAGCCGAAUACCUCUCAAACCGUGCUCUUCAAAAAGGAAGCAAAGACAACAUCACGGUCAUUGUGGUGGAUCUGAAAGCUCAAAGGAAGCUCAAGAGCAAAACAUGACAGUUCCUUUAUAUUUCCUUAAAGCAGCUCUUCAAUUUGUUAAAUUUCAUGUGGUACGAUAAAAUUUUCGCCCAUCCGCUUUUCAUAUGGGCGUUAUGACUACCUGGAUGUGCUAUAGAACGCGCGCCAUCGUAUAACUCAUUCAUUGAUUUGAAUGAUUCACGCCAUCCUUAUGUAAAUGUUUUAGCUAUUUGUUUUAGGGAUUAGGAGAUUGUCAUUUACAUGCUUCGACAUUAUGAGCUGAUGUAUUCAUUGUGCCUCCGAGUUUAAAGAGGCUCUGCGAGGUAUUUACUUCCUAUCAUUUUAAUUGCAUGGUUCUUGUAAAGGAAAUACCACAUCAGUUGUUAUAUGAUGAAGUAGAAUAAGGAUGAUUUCCACAUUCUGUUAAA